GAAAUGAAAUUUUUCCUUAUUCAACGUGUCACUAAAUUAUGAUUUUUACCUUUGAGAUUUUAAAAAUUUAUAAAAUUUUAUUUUUUCAUGAAAUACGGAGAAAUUAUUAAGGUAUACCUACUCAUUUUUUUUGCGAAUUUUUUGACGUAGAUCGUCAUUUUUUCAAAAAAGUAAUUACAUUUGACAGCAAACACCUUGUCGAACGAUUUUUAAUUUUCAACUCCAUAAUGAACCAGCAACUUGAUGAUGUAUGGUUAGCACAAUGCUUGCGAAAUAAAUUCUAUCUAUUUAAUGAUCAACGAUGUUGCGUACUUCUGGUGUGAAAUUGUGAAUUAUCAAAAAGACAAAUUUUUGUUACACAUUUUGAAGUAGUUCGCGAAGGUGAAAUAAUUUUUCGUAUCCCUUGUUGCACCAUGGAAUCCAAAUGCGCUUCGUUCUUAGUCUUAAUUAUUUGUAUGUCAGUGUGGGAACUCUCAGACUGCGUAGAAUUGAGUGCAGUUCCAGCCGUACUUCUUAAACCGUUCAUGCUAUUCAACAGGACAGUAGUUGGGACUUUUUUCGAUCGACCUGAUUACGUGUGCAGAAUGACACAACAAGGCAAAGACAAACUCUGUCAAGCUGUUUUCAAUCAAAAAGACUUCGUACAAAAAUACAAUGUCCGUUACGGUGAUACUUUAGAUAAAAAUGGUUUCGAUUACAUAUGUCAAUCUAAAACAUUUAACUGUUUUCUGAAUACUAUUUUCAAAUUGGGCAUGGCUCAAAACAUGCUACUUUGUCCUCUAGUGAAUAUUGCUAAUGGAAAUCAAGUUGAUAAACGAUAUUACUUGAGUACCAGUUACACUUCUGACAAAGUGAUUAUAUUCGAAGCCGGGGAUGAUGGUAGAGUUUUUGCUGUGGUUGGAGUUUACGUUAUGGAUUUAGAAAAAUUACACCAAGAAAACAAAGAACCUGUUUCGACCAACUAAUUUUACGUAUCUUUGCUCUUGUUUAUUUAAAAUUAUGUUUAAAAAAUUCAAAAUGCAUAGUUUUAAUAUGGA